AUAACAUUUCUUUCGCCGUCGGCUGGUUGCUAUUGUCGGUAUUUGAACUAAAAACUUUUUGAUAAAUCACAAAAGCGAACUAAAACUUAAAAUGUCUCCGGAUAUUAAUCAGAUCGGUACGCAAAAAGUGAGAAACGUUUCCAGUGGCGAAGUUUUAGAAUUGAAGAGCUUCUGGGAGCAACAGAAUGUGGCUAUUGUAUUCUUUCGUCGCUGGGGUUGCAUGUUUUGUAGGCUUUGGGCUAAAGAGUUGAGCGAAAUAGCGCCUAUUCUCAAGCAGCACAACAUCAAACUUGUCGGGGUUGGCGUCGAAGAGGCCGGAUCCAAGGAGUUCAGCGAAGGAAAGUUUUUCGAUGGAGAUCUGUACUACGUCGAGAACAUUUCAACUUAUCAACAGUUGGGUUUUAAAAGGUUCAAUGUUUUAACUAUUUUAACUUCGCUGCUAUGGAAGCAAUCGCGUGACGCCAUUUCGAAAGGAAAAGCCAUGGGCUUAAGUGGCGACAUGAAGGGAGAUUGGGUUCAAGUGGGUGGCGCCGCUCUGGUAGAAAAGGGCGGGAACUUGCUCCGCCAUUUUGUGCAAACCGGACCGGCGGAUCAUCUGUCUAAUUUGGAGAUUUUGAAGCAAUUCGGUUUGGAAAAUGAGUACAAAAAAGAUGCGGAGAACGAAAAGAAUUCGAAGAAAAACGAAGACACCACAGAGACAGAGAAAGAGUAAUGUAUGGUGUGCUGCGAAUAACUCUUGCCUAGCGCCGAUACACACGAUAUGGACAGAGCGAAGAUGCAGAACUUGGGUAUAAUAAUAGAGUCGCCACUAUUUUUUAAUUACGAAAAAUGAAAAAAAAAUAUUGUCCGACACUGACAAUAUCCAUGACAAAAAAAAA